CAAAAUUUCAGCCCUAGCAAAUAUAAAUACCAAUUGCCAAGCAAAAGCUGUGAGCAUCAAAAAUCAAAUUAAGUUUAUAACUUCCGCACCCAGUCUUGGCUUGUUUUCCAGUUAUGGCCAUGUUCACCUCCAAGCUUAAGCUCUCUCUUCUUCUUUUUCUCUUUUCAUUAGCUGCAGGCAAUGUGGUCUACGCAACCGUUUUCACUCUCCAGAACCGUUGCACCUACACAGUCUGGCCCGGCACACUCUCCGGAAACGGCGCCGCAGUUCUCGGCGACGGCGGUUUCGCCUUGGCGCCGGAUUCGUCCGUCCAGCUCACGGCCCCUCGGGGAUGGUCCGGCAGGUUCUGGGCCCGAACCGGCUGCAACUUCGACGACUCGGGAAACGGCAAAUGCCUCACCGGCGACUGCGGCUCGCUAAAAUGCGUCGGGGGCGGUGCACCCCCAGUUACCUUGGCGGAGUUCACGAUAGGGUCGACCCCGGGUGACAAGGAUUUCUAUGACGUCAGCUUGGUGGACGGUUACAAUGUGGCCAUGGGGCUGAGGGCAAACGGAGGAACCGGCGACUGCCAGUACGCAGGAUGCGUGGCCGACUUGAAUGGCAACUGCCCACCGGAGCUUCGGGUGACGGAUUCGGGUAAGGUGGUGGCGUGCAGGAGCGCGUGCGCAGCGUUUAAAGCGCCGGAGUUUUGCUGCACCGGGGACCACGCGACGCCUCAGACCUGUUCCCCAACUCAGUACUCGGUGAUGUUCAAGACUGCAUGCCCCACAGCGUACAGUUACGCUUAUGAUGACGCUUCCAGCACUUGUACCUGUGCCGGGUCGGAUUACUUGAUUACGUUUUGCCCAACCGGGUCAUCAUAAGCUAGUUGAGUAGAGUAAUUAUCCAUUACAUUGGUAUAAAUUCUUAGA